AUGCGGUACAUAGACGAAAACUUGUACUUGCAUUUGCUCAACAACUGGCGACAGUACAUUCAGCGUCUACGAGUGUCCGAAGUGCAGCGGCUGUUGUUUCUCUUGGAGGCCCCUGAGUACUGCAUGCGGGCAUUCCGGGAGCAUGGCGUCAACGGCCAGGACCUACUCAACUUACAAGAAAACGACCUUGAUGACAGUCGCUUCAAGUUCCCCCGUCCUGUACAGCGCAAGGUGCUCCGCAUUGCUGAGGCAUGGAGGAGCUUCCAGGUGAUGUCGGGGGGGCCCUCUCUGGGCUGCCUUUCCCUGGACCGAUUCCUGGAUCACCACGUCGAAUGCGGCAGGAGCCCGGAGGCUCUGGCCCAGCUCCAGUCCGCCUUCCGAGCCUUGGAUGUCAACAACAACGGCAGUAUCGGAUUUGAAGAAUACCUCGUGGGGUACUCAUUGCUGCUGGAGAGCGCAGCCAUGCAGCCAUGCUUAUCGACUGCCGACCUUCUCGUUUUGGAGAACGGCACCUCGCACCGAUGGAAAUAA